CGGAAGUAACGUUUUAUCUGGACGGAAAACAGCAGUCAGUCAGAACAAGUUCAAUGUAGUUCAUGUAGUGAUGUUGAACAGUUAAACUUUGCCGUUUCAGUUAAGGUGCAGCGUCAUUUGAGCACAGAGCUAUCAUUUCUGUCAGCUAGCGCCGUGCAGUUUUCGUUGGUUAGGGAGGACUAACUUAACACCGGACUUAGCGUUAGCGACGUCGAUCAAAUGACGGAUAAGCCCGUUAGCUUGCACAAGCUAGCCAACUGAACCGGAGUAAAUAUUUAACUUGGCAUGACAUCGCUAUUUAUUAUUUUUGUUCCGCAUAGUUUGUUCGUGUUAAUCCCUUUAUGGUUUUUAAACGCUAGAUGUGAACUUAGCGUCGCUUUGAUAUGACUAGCUGAGCUGUUUCCGUUCAGUGGAAACGUUGCGCACCAGCUUUCGCUUUCCAGAGUUAGUGCCGUCCGCGGUGAUGAAGUAGCUGUGGCGCUACACAGCUGCUAUGGUGUGCGAGUUAGCACCAGUGAGUAAACAACGCCUGGAACGGGGAGCGACAGUCGACACAUGUCCCUCUAGUCAUUUCUUCGCUGUCGCCAUCACAGUUCCUGGACUGUCCCCACAGCUGGAAGGACUUACGCCCAUGCCCCCCCUCCUCCACGUUCAGCUUUUGCCAAGUUGAACAGCUGCCAAUGAGACACAAGUAUGAAGGCUCUGGGAUCCAGAUUCUCCUUUUAUGCGGGUUUUGUCGUGGGGACCUUCACGCUGUACGUGUUUCUACGGCAAGUGCGGUUUGAACGGAGCCCGGUCCCUCAGCAGGGCGACAACCUCAACAAACUUCAAGACCAGCAGCAAGAGAUUGAGGAAGAACAGAAGAUAUGGAAGAAAGAAAGGUCUGCUCUUUUCAACCUGAAACACCCUCAUCAUAUAGGUGAGGACAGCCGCAUGGCUGAUGAGUUGUACAACAAAGUCCGUAUUCUCUGCUGGGUGAUGACUGGACCCAACAAUCUGGAGAAGAAGGCUCGCCACGUGAAACACACAUGGAGCCGUCACUGCAAUAUAGUGGUUUUCAUGAGCUCUGUGGAUGACCCUGACUUCCCCACAGUGGGGUUAGGAACAAAGGAAGGUCGGGACCAACUGUACUGGAAAACAAUCCGGGCCUUCCAUUAUGCCUACGAGCAUCAUGCGCACGAGGCCGACUGGUUCCUCAAGGCAGAUGACGACACGUACGUAAUAGUAGAUAACCUGCGCUGGAUUCUUGCAAACCACACGCCCGAAGAGCCGAUUUACUUUGGCCGAAGAUUCAAGCCCUACACCAAGCAGGGAUACAUGAGUGGUGGUGCGGGCUACAUACUGAGCAAAGAGGCACUGCGGAGAUUUGUGGAAGGCUUUAAAAACAAGGUGUGCACACACACUACAUCUGUGGAGGACCUGGCAAUGGGGCAAUGCAUGGAGAAAGUUGGGGUACUUGCAGGAGACUCCCGAGACACUGUUCACAGGGAGACGUUUCAGCCCUUUGUUCCCGAACAACACCUCACUGCCAAGUUCCCAAAGAGCUUCUGGUACUGGAGCUACUGUUACUAUCCUAUUUCAGAGGCAAGUACAGGUCCAAACUGCUGCUCGGAUCUGUCGGUGUCUUUCCAUUAUGUAGAUGCUGCGGGGAUGUAUCGGUUGGAGUACUACGCCUAUCACCUGCGUGCCUUUGGCUACAGAUAUCGGUACCAGCCCCCCUCACCAAAAGGUUAUACAGUUGAAAAGCCAAGUUCACUGGAAGCUGUGGAAGGAAAAAAAGACACGGCCUCUCAGGAGGUGCAGCAGGGAAAGGGGGAUAAACUGUCCGGGGAUGACCAGAAAGAGGAGGCGAACCCUCCUCCUGCAGAUGGUAAAGACCACCCUGCAGAUCCAGUAGAGAACUGACACCAGCAGUGGGUGUGGGGUGGGACUGAGGGAGUGGGUGUUUCUGAGUGCUUGCCCUUUUCGUCCUGAUGAUUAUGUUUCAUGUUUUGUUUAGUUUUUUUUAAAGAUUUGUCUGCUUGAAUUUCAUCACAUGCAGGUGCAGCGUUAUUGUGAACUGGGAGGGAGAGAUUGGUCCUCAGACUCUCGCAUUGUUUUAUGACUCUUACUUUUUGUGGUUUUAACAGGUUUCUCCUUUAAGAGCUGAGGAGACAUUUCCUUAGGCUUUAUUCAUUUUGAACUUAGUGAAGUGUUUUCCACAUUUGAAAAACAGAAAGUAUUUUGUCAUGCUCAGUCUUGUCCACACCAGAUGUACCAGACCCGAACGUGCUGUUUAUCCUGACUGAUGGGAAUAGUUUGACUUUAUUUCAAACAGGAAGGAAGAACCUGGUUCUAUUGUUCAAAGUGUUUUGAGGUAUCAGUCUCAGUGAAUCCUGUAAACUAAGAAUAAUUUUUAAAAAAGUGCAAAUGUAGUGUCAGUCAGUUUUAGCAUGAGCUACCUCCCAAACUUGAUUUUUAUUGUCUUCAAAAGUCUUUUCACUUCAGGCAUUGGUUACAUUCUGUCGGUUUUCUACACAGAGGUAGGAGCGCACAUGAUCUAUGUUAUUGUAUUUACAUUAAUCUAAAUGAAGAUUUAGUUAAACAUGAAGGAAUUGUUUUUAACGAGUAUUUCUUAAUAAUUCUGGAGCUCUGUUGGGCUGCAGCUGUUUUUUUUUGUAUUCUGAUUAUGUUUCAUUUCUGAGUUGUUUUUUUAUUUUUAGAAAAGUUAAAAAACAACAAAAAAGUUUAAAAUCAUCAGUUUAGCUUCCGAUAUGACAAAGAAAAACAACACAUUUUUCAGCAGUAUGAGACAGGACUAAGGAACCUGUAUCAAACAAAAAUUUCUUAUCAAACUUUCAAUUGCUGAACACAAAUUUUGAGUCAGAGUCAGGGUUAGUUAAAGCAUUAUAACAUCCAGGAAAGGGCCUCUUUAUGAGUUAUGUUCAGUUAAAACAAAUACUGUCAUCAUUUAAAAAAAUCCACUUGGAAGCAUUCAUCUUUGAUCAACACAUGCAGCUGUGUGUGCUCACACUGUAUAUUACAUAGAUAGUCUUACCAAGUGCAACAUUUCCAGAAUGAAAAUUUUUAGAGAAGAGCACUAUUUGGAUGUAUCCAAAUUUCUUAUUGGGGGUAAUCGUACUACUUAAUAUGAAAACAUGAGGUUGCCAUCAUCUUUUUCUUUUUCUCUUGCUAGACGCACAAUGAACAGGUACAAGCUGUCAAACAGGUUUUUUUUUUUCUCUAGAAAGAUAUGAUCUUCUCCAAACCGCAUUUGUGAGUUUUCUUAAGAUAACAUUGGCUAAACAUGUUUAACUAGUUCCCUGCCCCACAUGGACCCAUAAGCUUGUGCCUUGUAAAAUGAGAUUGUAUGAGCCAUAAGCUGCACAUUUGACUUUGCACUGUGACAUUACCACAACAAGAGGAAGUUGAAUUUUAAUUUAGUCACAUCCUACAAUUGUACUGUGUGUGGCCUUUUAGAGAGUGUGACUUGCCCAUGAAAGGGAUUUCAUUUCCUUGUUUUUUAUUUAGUUUUUUGUUUUCUGUCAACACACUGAUACUGGCGGGGUCACAUGAUUCGUAAGUGUUAACAACAGUUGCUUUGCAUGUUUACAAGUUGAUAACCAAACACAGACUUGGAUAUAUUAGUGACACAUUAAUGACCAAGAGCUGUCUGAAACACAAUUAAUUUGGGAUUCAAUGCACUUUUAAACUGUUGCUGUUUUGACUUUUAACCACUAAAAGCCUUUAUUUUCUGAAAUUUCCAAAACUGAUUAUGUAAUAAUGGCCUUUCAGAGUGCAUUUUGGGUGUACAGUUGUUUUUUCUGUGUGAACAGAGUGUUAGUAUGUUCCUUUAAAAAAAUGAAACAACAAGUCUUUUCAAUGUCAAGUCACUCUUAACCAAUUCGGUAUGUUUUAAGUAAAGCUUCCUUUUGAAUUGACAGACCCUUUGUCCCGUUUAACUGGAUUAAUAAUUAAAAGGCUGAAUCAACUUUCCAGUGGGAGAGAUGCCACACUUCCAGCCCUCGACAAUCUACCGUAAAACGUUUAUUAAAUAGAAACAUGUACAGUAGUGUAUUUAUGUUGGAAAUGUGUUUAUGUUGGAAUGAACAUUUUAACUGCAUCAGUACCUUAAGUGUGUAAAUUAAUUUGACAGUGCGUGAGCUGACAAGGGGCGGGCUGGAUCCUUUUUACAGGAUGGUUCUUUAAUCACUAUAUAAAUAAAUGCAUAUUUUAUUUUACACCUUGUGUUUGACAUCUGUUUACAUCAAAUUACACAGUUAUUUCAGUAUUUCUAGUGGACUGUGCAAGCGCUCAUGCAUGGUUAACAGGGGUAUGUGUCUGCGGUUACAGAGCAUUGUUCCUUUGUCCGGAUAUACGUCAGAGCCACUUCAGAGAUUCUUGGAUCCUCUGCCUUUCAUGGUUGAUGUGUCGGCCGUUCUUCUUUUGCAGAUACCUCUGUGACAAUGGUGAAGCUCCACGUGCAUUUCCUUCAGCGAUGUCUGACUCGCUUGUUCUUCGGCUCAGCAGAUCUCGAUACAUGUGGUCAGUACUACCUUUUGAUGGAGCAGUGCUUCUCCGUCCCAUAAGCCCCACAAAGCUGUCAUAGUCGAUGCCGUGAGAUCUCUUCCAUAUUGCACUUUCGCUUGCCUCUCUCUGUGAUUUGUAGAUCUUGUCUUUACUCCAAAUCUUAACAGGACAUAAUAUGAGGAGGAGCAACAUAAGGGAACAAAGUGGACUUCCCUUCAUCACUCUUGACUGGAUUUGUUCAGUAUAAACCGCUGUUUUGUUCAGUAUUGUUCUUCGUUUUAAAGGAAUUAAACCAAGUCUAUCUGCUCUGAA